AUGUCUAUCAAUUCGCUCUUUCUGAUUGUCGAACAGCAGCAAGCUAUGAUAGCAAUGACGCUCCAAGCCGCAUCGACAGAGCACAAGGAGACGAUGAUGACGACGACGACGACAGGUACAGCAUCGCUCAUCAUGAGGCAUCCAAAGAAGCAGCAAGCGUUUUUCUUCCAGAAACCAACGUCCAAGAACACUAAUACCGCAGCCGCACCAUUCCCAAGUGGAGCAGACGAAUUUUACUCGGCAGGCACCAUUCCAAUGUCUCAGCAAGGGAAGCACGAAAAAAAUAUGUCCCAACUUAAUCAUAAAGACGUAAAGGACCAAUGCAUUGAAUGGUUUAAACGUGAAGAACCGACGCAAAGGGAUCAACAUCUUUUUAAAAAGCAUAUUCUUGAGGAUGCUAUUCUACCAACCGUAUUAGGAACAGCCGUCGUGUCUGUUUCCUUACAAACUUUGCGCAUGUUUAUGGAUAUAUGGGGCUUUAAGUAUCGCAAAAACACGAAAGGCACCUAUUUCGAGGGACAUGAGAUACCAGAUGUAGUUCAGUAUCGACAGGAAUGGGCAACACGGAUGAUGAGACGUAAACAGCACUUGGACGACUCUGAAGGCGAAGACAUGGAGAUCAUCAUCGAGCCAACAUUGCAACAUGGAGACAAGAAAAAAUGGAUCAUGGUCACUCAUGAAGAAUCCACAUUCUAUGCAAACGAUGGAAACGAGAAAGGUUAG